AUGCCAUACGUCGGACUCUACGGAUAUUAUGUUACCUUUACUAUCAACGGACUGGCCAGCGGUGUUGUCGACACACUGUCGACUGUAUGGAUAGUCGAAAUGUGGACGGAUAUGUGCGGGCCGUUUGCCCAGGGAUUGCAGUUUGCAUUGGGAUCAGCGGCUAUAAUAUCGCCGAUAGUGGCCAACCGUUUUCUAUCGGAAACGGUUAUCGAGUUUGUCCAUCACAUCAAUCAACAAUCAAAUUAUACCGUAAAUUCAUUCAUUAAUAAUAGGACUAUUGUUACGGGAAAUGUUGUCGAAAAUAUAACAUUAGUAAACUCGACUACAAUAGCCAUCACUGAGCGCACACCUACACGUAUUCACAUACCGUAUCUGUUUAUCGGUGGUCUUAACUGUCUGAGCGCUAUAAUUGUUGGCUGUCUCUACCUAUACAAACCGUAUGUCAAUCGUACGAUCCAAUCGGACACAGAUAACAUAAUUACUAACAAACCCGACGGUAGCAAAUUGGCCAAACAAUUUGCUAAUAUCAAGUCAAUGUUGGCCACUGAACUACGACCUACCUGUCCGAUACUUGUGCUUCUCAUAUUGUCGGCCAAUAUGAUCGGUUUGGUUACGACAAUAAUGUGGACCUACGCUAACUAUUGGCUAUCGUUUGCCCAGUCAUCGCAAGGACGACUGACCAAUCAAUUGGCCAACAAUAUUAUGAUAGCCAUGUGGUCAUCAUUUUCGCUCAGUCGUGCUAUUUGUGUAGUCCUAUCCUAUUAUGUUAAGCCUAUACCUGUAACUUAUGUCUGUCUCGUUAUACUAUUAGUAUCGCAGAUACUGUUCCUUAUAUUUCAAGGCACAUCCAUAGCUAUUAUGUGGACGGGUAGUGCACUGAUUGGUUUUGGUUUGGGACCCAUAUUUGCCAAUAUAUACCAAUUGAUUGAAUCGAUAACACCGGUAACCAAUUUGGUGGGCGCACUGUUCAUAUUUACAAUCGGUGUUUACUAUGGUACGAUAGGUGGUACCACAAGGAAAUGUCUUCCCAGGGAAUUCCCAGGGAACAGGGAAUAUAAGGAACUUAUGGAAUAA